UCCUCCCUGCGCUCCGCUCCGCCGCGCUCCGCUCCUCCGCGCUCCGCUGCCGCUGGAGUUAGCUCUUCACCGGAGAAGAGCCGUCGUGACAGCCGUCCUGUUCCACUUUCGGGGCAGAUUACUGUGUGUGCUAUACUGACAGAGAGAAUUUACUUUAUUUUUCGAUGCAUGGGAGUGUCAUCGGAGCGCGCAAAGGAGAAGACAGCCCUGGUGCUCCUAACUGUUGGGCAGGAUGAGUGAGGCGGACACACAGUUUUACAGCGUACAGGUGGUAGACUCCACCUUCACUGUGCUCAAGCGCUACCAGCAGCUGCGCGCCGUCGGCUCCGGGGCCCAGGGCAUCGUCUGCUCUGCAUUAGACACUGUGCUGGGGAUACCAGUGGCUGUGAAAAAGCUGUGUAGGCCUUUCCAGAACCAGACCCACGCUAAACGGGCCUACAGAGAGCUGGUGCUGCUAAAAUGUGUCAACCACAAAAAUAUCAUCCGUCUGAUCAAUGUAUUCACGCCUCACAAGUCUCUGGAGGAGUUCCAGGACCUGUACCUGGUGAUGGAGCUGAUGGAUGCCAGCCUGUUACAGGUGAUCCACAUGGACCUGGACCAUGAGAGGAUGUCCUACCUGCUCUACCAGAUUCUCUGUGGCAUUAGGCAUCUCCACUCAGCUGGCAUCAUCCACAGGGAUCUGAAGCCCAGUAACAUAGUAGUAAAGUCUGAUUGCACUCUGAAGAUCCUGGACUUUGGUUUGGCCAGGACAGCCUGCACUAACUUCAUGAUGACUCCGUACGUGGUGACCAGAUACUACAGAGCGCCAGAGGUCAUCCUGGGCAUGAAGUACAAGGAGAAUGUGGACAUCUGGUCGGUGGGGUGCAUUAUGGGAGAGAUGGUCAAAGGCAGCGUCAUCUUCCAGGGGACUGACCAUAUCGACCAGUGGAAUAAGGUAAUUGAGGUCCUUGGCACGCCCAGUCUGGAGUUUAUGAACCGACUGAUGGAGACUGUCAGAAACUACGUGAUGAACAGGCCACAGUAUCCGGGAGUCAGCUUCGCCGAACUGUUUCCGGAUUGGGCUUUCCCCUUCGAGACUGAACAUGACAAACUCAAAACGUGUCAGGCCCGGGACCUAUUGUCCAAAAUGCUGGUCAUUGAUCCUGAAUGCCGCAUCUCUGUGGAGGAGGCCCUAAAUCACCCCUAUAUCCACGUAUGGUACGACCCAGCCGAGGCAGACGCGCCUCCUCCCCAGAUCUCUGAUAAGCAGCUGGAGGAGAGAGAGCACAGCAUAGAGCAGUGGAAAGAGCUCAUUUACGAGGAAGUGAUAGGCUGGGAAGAGAGGAAUAAGAAUGGACUGAUGAAAGAAGAUUGUUCAGAUGUGGUGUCAGGUUCCGCCUCCCAGUCGUCGUCAGCCAAUGACAUUUCCUCCAUGUCCACGGAGCACACCUUGGCUUCAGAUUCAGACAGCAGCAGCAUUGACACGCUGACCGGGGCCCUAGAAGAGUGCCAGUGAGGGACAUGCCAACCCACCAAUUACCAGAAUUUCAUUUCAUCGUCCGCCUUUAUACUCAAGUAAUAGGUCUAUUUUUAUAUUUUCUUUCCAUGUGCAAGCUGGUGGCUCUGAUUGGUCCUCUUGAGACUCUGUCUGAGACUGCUACCAUAAGGUCAAAUUGAUUAUUGCUGAGGUCACAUAUGUUUGCAUUCUAUUUCAGGUUAUUACAUGUACGCAAAUCUUAGUUUGAAUGCAUGAAUAUAAUAGUUUUAUUUUUUUUAGAAAUAUUACUUUGAGUUAUUAUAACCUAUAUGUUUGAGCAGAGAUUCUCCUGCAUGCAACGCCAAAAUGAACAAAGAUUAGAAUUACUACAAUGCACUAGUCAUCCCAUUUAAGAACUAAUUUAGGUUGAUAGAUGGUGUAAAUAAACUGAAUUUUUGAAUCAUAAUUUUGACUUCUAAUAUCAGAUUUUUUUUUCUGUAGUAGCUUUAUUGUUUUGUUUACAAAUAGGUAGCUGAUUUCUUCUGUAUGUUGUAAGAGACUAAUUUCAAAAAAGUACUAUCUAAAGAAAGGCCACCAUAUACUUGUAAAUCUUUAACAAAUUGUGGAAUAUUUAUUUUGUUUUGCAAAAUGUUGCACACAAUCAGCUCUGGGCCCAUAGGGAUUGCUCUGUGGUUUAAUGCAUGGACUGCUCCUUUUCUAAACCAUUCCACCUGUGCUAUAGAACAGUAACAGUAUCAAGUCAUCAGUAACCAUCAUGCAGCUACAAACACAUCACCAUGUUUAACUUGCAUGACCACAUUACACAUAGUGACAAAUGACAGCGAUCUGAUCUGGUCAUUUUUUUUAAUAACAGUUUGUUUUUGAAAGAUGUAAUUUGCCUUGUUAGCCUUUGUGUGUGCUAGUGUUCUCGUACUGUGUAGCACUCGUUUAUGAUCCCUGCUCCGUCCACGAAGCCCAAAGUCUUUGUUUGUGAAGAGGCUUGUGGAGACCUGACUGAGACCAGAGAUGUCUCACAUGAACUGUAACGUUGCUUUCAGCAGACAUGAUUGCACAAUGUGAUUGAGAUAAGCAAGACAAUAAGGAGUCGCUGAAGACUCAUGCACUUGUAUGUAUCCACGUCAUUAUAAGAAAGACCUUAUUUUGUCAGUCUUGCCUUAAAUGACCCCAGAUGUGGUGAGUUCACAUGAAAAUAAAUACAGACUGAGUGUCAUCCUGUCCAUAA